AUGGAGUAUAAUCGUGUGGAUCAACGGUAUUACGAAGAACAACAACAACAAAAGCAACAACCACAACAGCCUCAAGUACUUUUACAACGUCAGCAGCCAGCAGACCAUCAACUAUUUUAUCAGCUUCAACAACAGCAACAGCAACAACAGCAACAGCAGCCACGCCAAGAACAACAGUACUAUCAACAAGAGCAACAAGAACCGCGUCAUGAAAUUGCAGACGUAAGUUACAUGGAAGAGGACACUUUUAUUGGUGGACGAGAACCUGAAGAGGCUACUCCAUAUAUGUACGAAGCUCAUACACCACAGCAUCAGUUUUUAAAUAUCAAUCGAGCUCCUGAGGCAUCCUUUGCUACAUCCCCCACCUUUUCAAGUUCCCAAAGAUUUGAGUACCAUUCUGAUCCCGUGCCCACAGGUUUCGGGGGAAAAUUCCAAUCGAUAGACUCCUUGAACUUCAAGCCUCCAACCGCCACUACACAAUUCACACAGCUCAGCAAUACCUCGUUGACAAACGUUAGUGAAAUCAGUCAUGGGACCAAUAAUUCCCUUGUUUCCAAUCAGGGAAUAAUACCGCUGUCAUCUCCUACGUUGAGUAGUGGCAAUGCUACUCAAAAUUCACAGCAGCCCCUACAACAGCAUUUGCAGCAACAUCACCACCAACAACAACAACAGCAGCAACAGCAGCAACAGCAGCAACAGCAGCAACAGCAGCAACAGCAGCAACAGCAGCAACAGCAGCAAAAGCAACAACAGCAACAACAAGAACAGCAACAAUUACUGCAACAGCAUCAACUUCAAGCACAAACUCGUGAACUGAACAUAGUUACAUCUGCACUUGGCGGAGAUAUCAUAGCUCAAAAUAUCCCACAUCAAGGGUCUUCAAACGGAGGUCCAGUUACUCCUUUGCUCCAACAAACCAGUGUAGUAGAAGGAGGAAAACCUGAAAAUGCUGCAGACCUGGAUACACCGUAUGUGUACUUUACAAGAACUCCUAAUCUUAUGACUCGAACUGCUCAAGACAGAGCAAGUGCCAUUCGACUCAAGUUGGAGAAUUAUUACCAAAUGGGUAUUAGUCAUGCCAUAGAACGUAACCAACGGAGGGUAGACUUAGAGCACCGUCUUGCUACUGAAGAAGUAAAUCUGUCAGAAGAACGUAAGAAUCGUCAAUUGGCAAAUUUGGGUAAGAAAGAAUCACACUUUUUAAGAUUAAGACGAACCAAAUUAAGUUUAGAGGAUUUCACUACAGUUAAAGUUAUUGGUAAAGGUGCAUUUGGUGAAGUUCGUUUAGUUCAGAAGAAGGAUACAGGUAAAAUAUAUGCCAUGAAGACGCUUUUGAAAUCUGAAAUGUACAAGAAGGAUCAAUUGGCUCAUGUUAAGGCCGAAAGAGAUGUAUUAGCUGGUAGUGAUUCACCUUGGGUUGUAUCAUUGUAUUAUUCUUUCCAAGAUUCUCAAUAUUUGUAUCUUAUUAUGGAGUUUCUUCCUGGUGGAGAUUUAAUGACAAUGCUUAUCAGGUGGCAGAUAUUCACAGAAGAUAUCACUCGGUUUUAUAUGGCCGAAUGUGUUUUAGCCAUUGAAGCGAUUCACAAGCUAGGAUUUAUUCAUAGAGAUAUCAAGCCUGAUAAUAUUUUGAUUGACAUUAGAGGGCAUAUCAAAUUAAGUGAUUUCGGGUUAAGUACUGGUUUCCACAAGACCCAUGAUUCCAAUUAUUACAAGAAAUUACUUGAAAGAGAACAAGCACAACAAAGUAAUGUUGGCAGUGAUGGUCUUUUAAAUCCAAAUAUAGGUGGUGCUGGAAAGUCACGUAACAGUAUGAUGGUUGACGCCAUUCAUUUAACCAUGUCUAAUAGACAGCAGAUGCAAACUUGGCGUAAGUCUAGACGGUUGAUGGCUUAUUCUACAGUUGGUACACCUGAUUAUAUUGCGCCUGAGAUCUUUAUUCAUCAAGGAUAUGGUCAAGAAUGUGAUUGGUGGAGUUUAGGAGCAAUUAUGUUUGAAUGUCUUAUUGGGUGGCCACCUUUCUGUAGUGAAACAAGUCAUGAGACAUACAGAAAGAUUUUGAAUUGGCAAGAAACAUUACAGAUUCCUGAAGAUAUUCACUUAAGUCCUGAAGCCGAAGAUUUAAUUCGGAGAUUAUUAACUAGUGCCGACCGUCGUUUAGGUCGUUAUGGAGGUGCUGAUGAGAUUAAGAGACAUCCGUUUUUCCGUGGAGUUGAUUGGGAAACCAUUCGUAAAGUUGAUGCACCAUUCAUUCCUAAAUUACGAAGCAUCACUGAUACAAGAUUCUUCCCUACAGAGGAAUUGGAGAAUGUUCCUGAACAGUUGGAUGACAAUGGUGGACCUGUUGGUCUUGGUAAUGCCCGUGCCACUGCAAAGGCCAGUGGUAUUGACAAUGGCAAGGAUGGCAUUAAAGAAGAUUUACCAUUUAUUGGUUACACCUAUUCACGGUUUGAUUAUUUAACCAGGAAGAAUGCUCUAUAG